AUGCCAUCCUACACCAAUUUCCUUAAAGAGAUUCUUUCAAAGAAAAGAAAGCUAGAAGACUAUGAGACUGUUGCUCUUACAGAGGAAUGCAGCGCUAUACUGCAAAACAAGCUACUACUAAAGCUGAAGGAUCCAAGAAGCUUUUCCAUACCUUGUCUUAUUGGCAACAUGAUUAUAAACAAGGCACUCUGUGACCUAGGUGCAAGUGUAAGUCUAAUGCCUUUGUCAAUAUGUAAGAAGCUAGAUGUAGGAGAGCUUAAACCCACAACAAUUUCACUACAAUUGGUUGAUCGGUCUGUAAAGUACCCUGUGGGCAUCCUAAAUAACAUCCCUAUUAAGGUGGGAAAGUUCUUCAUCCCAGUUGAUUUUGUUGUUUUGGAAAUAGAGGAAGACGUAGGAGAUGAAGAAGUGGAAUUCAACUUGUUUAGAACAAUGAAGCACAAACUUGAGCCUGAUGAAUGCUUAAAGGUUGAUAUAGUUGAUAAGAUAGCUAAAGAAGCAUUUUAUAAAGCACAUCCUAAAGAUCCUCUUGAAGCAUGCAUAGUGCAUAGCCACACAGCAGAUAAUGAGGACACAAAAAUUAUAGCUUAUGCAUAG